UUCUUCUUUUUCAGUUCUUCACAGCAGAAAAAAGAAAACUUGAAGUAAUUCGAAGAAGCUCAGAAAGUAAAGAACUUUAUGUAGUUUUCUUCUUCUACUACUCAAGUUUCGUUCUCAUAGAUUUUUGAAGCCAUCCUUCAUCAGCCUCUCUGAGAUUUACUUUCAAUUUUGUCUUUUUCUUACAGUAUGUCCUUUCAAACUUGAAGACUUUCUCAUGGGGUGACAACUUGUAUGUUGAGGUAUGGCUGCCUUGUGAAUUGUGAUUAUAUCUGGUUUCAUUGCAAGGAAGUAUCGCCAAGGGCCGAGGAAUUCACUGUUCUGGUGAUUGCUUUCCAGUUAAUUUUGAGGUGAUUCUAGUUUUGCAAGUUAUCUAUUCUGAAAAAAGCUGCAAGGAUAUCAAAGCUCAUAUGUCAUAAAUGGACUUUUAACAGUUUGAUUGAUAUGGGUGGCUCUUGAGAAGUUGUAAUUUGAGACUCAGAUACGGUACAUAGCUCUGUGUAUUAUAAUGGAAAAGAUGGAGCAAAAGGAAAGUGAGAGUUGGAAAGAAUUGGUCAGGAAAAUGCUCCCACCAGGUGCAUCUCUCCCUGAAGAUUCAAAGGAGCUUGAUUACUCUAUAGCUAUGGAGUAUAAGGGCCCUCCGGUUUCUUAUGAGCUACCUAGAGUUGAGCCUCUUGACGUCAAUUCACAUGCCAUCUCUACUGCAGAAUCACUAUCAGAGUCCCAAAGGUCAGUUGCAGAUACUGGCCGUCAAGUUAUUGAACCAAUCCCCUUGCCAGUAUCUUAUAUUGCUGGUGUCACAAGCCCGCCUACACAGAGUCCAAGAGUUUCAGCAAGCUCCGAGUCAGUAGUAUCUGUCUUGCAAAACCCUGAUUUUUCUUCAGCUUCUCCUUCUGCUUCUCCUGGUUCAGUUCGCAAUCCUCCGAGACAAGUUGUUAAUGAAGCAAGGAGAGUGCCAGUCGUCACAUUUACUACUGUUGAAAGGUCAGAGAAGAAAGAUGUUGAUAUGGAUAAGCCGGUUUUCACUGAAUUUGUUGGUGUAUCAAAAGAAAAGAAGAAGAAAAGAAUUUGUUACCGUUGCGGUAAGAGGAAAUGGGAAACAAAGGAAUCUUGCCUUGUUUGUGAUGCUAAGUAUUGCAGCAGUUGUGUGCUUAGGGCGAUGGGAUCAAUGCCUGAAGGAAGGAAAUGUGUGACAUGCAUUGGCCAGCCCAUUGAUGAAUCAAAGCGGUCAAGACUAGGAAAACAUUCUAGGCUCUUGUCACGGUUACUUAGUCCUUUGGAGGUAAAGCAGAUUAUGAAAGCGGAGAAAGAAUGUGCUGCUAAUCAGCUCCGGCCAGAGCAGUUAAUUGUGAAUGGAUAUCCAUUGAAGCCAGAAGAGAUGGAAGAAUUACUUGGAUGCCCUUUACCUCCGAGGAAGUUGAAGCCUGGUAGAUAUUGGUAUGACAAGGAAUCCGGUCUCUGGGGAAAGGAAGGAGAAAAACCAGAUCGGAUAAUUAGUUCAAACUUAAAUUUCACGGGGAAGCUUAAUCCUGACGCAAGCAAUGGUAAUACUGAAGUCUAUAUCAAUGGCCGGGAAAUUACGAAACUUGAAUUGAGGGUGCUAAAGUUGGCAAAUGUACAGUGUCCACGUGACACACACUUUUGGGUUUAUGAUGAUGGUCGUUAUGAGGAAGAAGGUCAAAAUAACAUUAGAGGAAACAUCUGGGAGAAGGCAUCCACUCGUUUUAUCUGUACCUUGUUCUCUUUGCCUGUGCUUCAUGGUCAACCUCAAGGAGCAAGAGAGGAGGCUAGCAAUUAUUCUACUGUCCCAAAUUACCUAGAGCAGAAAAGGACCCAAAAACUUCUUCUACUGGGACUUCGAGGCUCUGGAACAAGCACCAUUUUCAAGCAGGCAAAAUUUUUGUAUGGGAAUGGGUUUUCUACAGAGGAACUGCAGGAUCUCAAGUUGAUGAUUCAGAGCAAUAUGUACAGAUACCUGAGCAUAUUACUGGACGGAAGAGAGCGGUUCGAGGAGGAAGCUAUGUCUUGUAUAAGAGAACUAGGUCCUGAUGACGAGAACAUUAAAGCAGGAGGGGAGGUUGACUCUGGUGAAACUGACCAGUGUGUAUAUUCGAUUAACCCAAGGCUAAAGCAUUUUUCUGAUUGGCUUCUGGACAUCAUAGCCACGGGAGAUUUGGAUGCUUUUUUCCCUGCAGCAACACGUGAGUAUGCUCCAUUAGUUGAGGAGCUGUGGAAAGAUCCUGCUAUACAGCAAACGUAUAAAAGAAAAGAUGAGCUUCACUUUCUUCCAGAAGUCGCAGAGUACUUCUUAAGCAGGGCUGUUGAGGUGUCAAGCAACGAGUAUGAACCUUCUGAUCGUGAUAUCCUUUAUGCUGAAGGGAUUACCCAAGGGAAUGGUUUGGCUUUGAUAGAGUUUUCACUUGACGAUCGUAGUCCAAUGUCCGAAACCUACACAGACAAUUUGGAAGCUCCAUCCCUGCCCCUGACCAAGUUUCAACUUAUAAGGGUAAAUGCGAAGGGGAUGAAUGAGGGGUGCAAGUGGGUGGAAAUGUUUGAAGACGUACGUUCGGUAGUCUUCUGCGUGUCCCUUAGUGAUUAUGAUCAGAUAUUGAUAACACCAGAGAGUAGUGGCAGUGGGACGCUACUUCAGAAUAAGAUGUUGCAAGCAAAGGAGCUAUUUGGAACAAUGAUAAGGCACCCUUGUUUUAAGGACACCCCAUUUGUGUUGAUACUAAAUAAGUAUGAUUUGUUCGAGGAGAAAGUCAACCGGGUGCCAUUAAGCACGUGUGAGUGGUUCAAUGAUUUCAGUUCAGUUAGGCCUCUCCAUAACCAUCACUCCCUGGCUCAACAGGCGUACUUUUACGUCGCGAUGAAGUUCAAGGAUCUGUAUGCUUCACUUACCGGACAGAAACUCUUUGUAUGGCAAGCUAGGGCAAGGGACCAUCGGGUAACGAUCGACGAAGCAUUUAAAUACAUAAGGGAGGUUCUCAAGUGGGAAGACGAGAAAGACGACAACUACUAUGGGGGAGAAGAUUCAUUUUACAGCACAGAUGUUAGCUCCUCACCAUUUGUGAGGCAAGAUUGAGGUUGCUUUUGGAAUUUACUUGUAUUCUUCCAGUAUGAAGAAGAAUGUAGAGGCGUUCUGUGAUUGCCUUGUUGCUUAAACAAAUGAGGAUUAGGUGUUUUAAUAGACAUUCUCUUUAUAGAAAAAUCAGUUUCGAAA